AUGGUGGCUAGGCACAGGAAUAGGAAGCGGGAAGUUAGCCGGUCGUCGGUGUAUGAGAGCAGUGAUGUUACAAGCGAGACAGGUGUUCGAGGCGAUACAGUUGAGUAUGAUAUUGAUACUGAACAACCUAUCCACUUGAACAGACAUGAAUUACAAAGGCGGGCAUCUACUGCUUCUAGACACUCUAAGGAAGGGGAUGAUCAAGAUGAAAAUGAGAAGGAUGAACAAUUGUUGGAUCGUAUUAUACCAAGACGGCAACGUAAACGGUGGAGAGACUCCAAAAGGUUUGUGUUCUCCAUGGGUGCUCUAUUGGGGCUACUGAUUUCUGUGUAUUUUGGUGCUGUUCAUGUACAUGGGAACAACAAGGAGUUGCUCGAUGGUAUCAUGAAUUUCGAUGUUUUUAGAGAUUACUUCGAUGACUGGAAGGAUAUUUUGCCUGAUGGGUUUACCAACUUUUUGACGGAUAUACAGACUAACUAUCUGGCUGCCUCUUCAGUUCAGAACUUGACACAGAGCUUCGGAGUGGGAAAACAAUACUUGGCUGAAUAUAAUGUGACUACCAGGCACCCCGUUGUCAUGGUACCAGGUGUGAUAUCGACAGGAAUAGAAAGUUGGGGUGUUAUCGGUGAUGAGGAAUGUGAUAGCUCACCACAUUUUAGAAAGAGACUUUGGGGAUCUUUCUAUAUGCUAAGGACCAUGGUUCUAGACAAAGUUUGCUGGCUCAAACACGUCAAACUGGACCCCGAAACAGGUCUAGAUCCUCCAAAUUUUACACUGCGAGCAGCUCAAGGAUUUGAAUCAUCUGAUUUCUUUAUUGCAGGUUACUGGAUUUGGAACAAAGUGCUUCAAAAUUUGGGUGUUGUAGGUUAUGACCCAAACAAGAUGACUACUGCUUCUUAUGAUUGGAGAUUAGCAUACCUCGACUUAGAAAGGAGAGAUAAGUAUUUCAGUAAAUUAAAAAGCCAAGUCGAGCUAUUUUACCAAUCUACUGGAGAGAAAGUCUGCUUGGUUGGCCACUCCAUGGGCUCUCAAGUGGUUUUCUACUUCCUGAAAUGGGUCGAAGCCGAAGGUCCAGAGUAUGGUAAUGGUGGUAAAGAUUGGGUUGCAAAACACAUUGAUUCUUUCAUUAAUGUUGCGGGCACUUUGCUAGGCGCUCCCAAAGCUGUUCCAGCGCUAAUAAGUGGUGAAAUGAAAGAUACUAUACAAUUAAACGCCAUUGCCAUGUAUGGUUUAGAGAAGUUCUUUAGCAGAAAGGAAAGAUUAGAGAUGAUUCAAACCUGGGGUGGUAUACCAUCUAUGCUACCUAAAGGUGGCAACUUAAUUUGGGGUGAUAUGGAUUUUGCAGCUGAAGAUUCACAGCACAACAAUACUGACACAUAUGGAAAUUUCAUUAGGUUUGAAAAUGUAUCUAAUGAUGAUGAAUUUAAGAAAAACUUAACCAUGAAUGAUUCGAUAGAGCUAGUAAGGCGCUUAUCCCCAAAGUGGUUGAAGGAAAGGAUAGAUGAGCAAUAUUCCUUUGGGUAUUCCAAGACAGAAGACGAACUGAAGGAAAAUGAAAAGAAUCACAAGUAUUGGACCAAUCCUUUGGAAGUUCCUUUACCCAAUGCACCAGAUAUGAAGAUCUAUUGCUUUUAUGGCUUAAACAACCCAACUGAACGUGCCUACGUCUACAAAGAACAGAAAACAGACAACCAGUCGUCCUUGAACUUGACUAUCGAUUACGAUAGUUCCCAACCGGUAUACUUCACUGAAGGUGACGGUACUGUCCCUGUUAUUACGCAUGCCAUGUGCCAUAAGUGGGCUCAAGGCCAAUCAGCCUACAACCCUGCUGGCAUGAAUGUAACCAUUGUAGAACUCAAGCAUCAACCCGACAGAUUUGACAUCAGAGGUGGUCCAAAUAGUGCUGAACAUGUUGAUAUCCUCGGAAGUGCCGAGCUAAAUGAAUACAUACUAAGAGUCGCAACUGGCAAUGGUGAUUCCAUUGAACAGAGAAUCCUAUCCAACAUGUCAGAGUGGGUAAAAGAGAUCAAUUUCCCACUAUAA